AUGGGCAACGCAGCACCAUACAAUGAAGUGAAUUAUGGCAACUUUGUGGAAAGUAGUAGCCAAGUCCCUGGCGAGGAGUUAAAAGGAGAGCCAAACUGUACUCCUGCAAUCAGAAAUCCUAACAUUCCUCCAGGAGGCAAGUUGACUGAAAACGGCGACUUCAAAUCCUUAAAGCUCUCGUUUUUAAAGCUAUGAGAAGAUUACGGAGAUGAAGACUACCUCGGUACAAGAGCAGUCCUUCCAGACGGCCAGCUUGGAGAAUACGAGUGGGCAACUUACAAUCAGAUCAAGGAAAAAGCACUUAAGUUUUCUAGAUUUUUACAAGAGAAAAAUCUUUGCCCCAGAUCAUUUAUUGAGAAAGAUAUUUCGGGUUGUAAAACAGAUAGAGAGUUUGGAUUCUUAGGUAUUUUCGCUAAAAAUAGAGAGGAAUGGGUAACCACUGAUCUUGCUUGUAUCUUUAAUGACAUUACCUCAGUGCCUCUCUAUGAUACUCUCGGGACUGGAGCUAUCGAGUUUAUCAUCAAUCAAACUGAAAUCAAAACCUUAUGUUGCACGGCUGAUAAGAUUAAGACCCUCAACAGACUCAAGAGAAAUGGGAAGAUAGAUACAGUUGAAACUUUAAUUGUAUUUGAUGAAUGGGAUAGAAAGAAAACAGAAAACUCCCCACUCCAAAUCCUAAGCUUCCAUGAUUGAAUUGAUCAAUCUAAAGAUGAAGUCGUCCUCAAUGAUCCUGAGCUAAAUUCUAUCCUCUGCCUUUGUUAUACAAGCGGAACUACUGGUGUACCGAAAGGAGCAAUGAUCUCUCAAAUGAAUAUGACAUGUUUGAUAGCAUCUCUUCCUAAUACAGGAAUAACAUUACAAGAUAAUGACAUUCAUAUCUCGUACCUCCCGCUUGCACAUACCUUUGAAAGAUGCAUAAUAUCAGCUUCGUACAUGUUAAGAUUUUCAGUAGGAUUCUACAAUGGAAAUAUUCUUAAGCUUAAAGAGGACUUAUUCGCUCUGAGGCCUACUCUAUUUGCAAGUGUUCCUCGCUUUUACAACAAGCUGUAUACUGGAAUCAAGCAGAGACUAGCUCAGAGCGGAUGAUGUAGAAGAAAACUUGCACAGAAAGCUAUCAGAGAUAAGCUAAAUAAUUUUCACACCAACGGAGAAGUGACACACGCUAUCUGGGACAAGCUUAUUUUCAGAGUUUUCAAGCAGGGAUUAGGAGGAAAUGUAAGAUACAUGAUUACUGCAUCCGCUCCAAUCAAGCCUGAAGUUUUGGACUUCCUCAAAGUUUGCUUCUGUGUUCCUAUCAUGGAAGGAUACGGCCAGACUGAAACUGCAGCCGCUACUAUUACUUUACCAAACGACAAGAACACAGGAAACGUUGGUGGACCUCUAGAAUGUUGUGAGAUUAAGUUGAGAGAUGUUCCAGAACUCAGCUAUUUUCACACUGAUAAGCCCAAUCCAAGAGGAGAAGUCUGCAUCAGAGGUAAUAACUUAUGUGCUGGAUACUUCAAAGCUCCAGAUAAGAACAAAGAGACAUUCGAUAAAGAUGGAUGGGCCCUAACUGGAGACAUCGGGGAACUCCUGCCAAAUAAUGCUUUGAAAAUAAUAGACAGAAAGAAGCAUAUCUUCAAACUUUCCCAAGGAGAAUACAUCGCUCCUGAGAAGUUGGAGAACACCUUCAUCCAAAAUUUGGUCUUCAAGAAUAUUUUCAUAUACGGAGACUCCCUGCAGGACUACAUCGUGGCCAUAGUUGUGCUAGAAAAGGAAGAAGUUGAAAAAUAUGCUGAAAGAGAAGAACUGGAGUACGACAACUAUGAAGAGUUCAUCAAAUCUGAUACAAUGAAGAACAAGUUGUUGAAACUCUUUGAAGAGUUCAGAGUCACUUCGAACCUCAAUAGCUUAGAGAUUCCGAAGAACCUCUAUAUUCACGACGAAGAGUUUACUGUUGAAAACGGUCUCCUGACUCCUACAUUCAAGCUUAAGAGAGGAGAGGCCAAGGAGUACUUCAUUGAACAGAUUAAAGAAAUGUACGGAGGUGCCAUUUUCCAAGGUGAAUAAUCAGAACUAAAGUUCAAUGCUCAAAGCUUGAUGC